CUGGAGUGCUCACAGAGGAGGUUUUGAGAUGAGCUGCUGGAAUAGGAAAACUCUGCUGCUCCUAAGGACUGAUCACCUACAUCUGGCAGCUGAGUGGGAUGAAGAGCUAGUGCAGCUGCUGUUAAUUCUAACCCAGCUUUAACAAAGCUUAAAGAGGCCAAGCUUUGGGGCUUGGAGCUCUUUAGAAUCCCUAACAGUACUGACUGUGUCCCAUCUUCUGGAGGAAUCCCAAAGGGUUGCUGAGCUGGAAGAUGCACAUCUAAGAUGGAAACUUCUGCUUCGACCACUGCUGGGAAAAAAGAAGGGAAAGGUGCAGUUCUGGAAGGGAAUGGCUUUGUGGAGACGGGGAAGAAACCCAUUCCUUUAGCAGCUACAGGAGCAGCAGUUGCACAAGGAGCAGUUCCGCAGCACAUUUUUCCGGCCUUCCACGCUCCUUUGCCCAUUGACAUGCGCCACCAGGAAGGAAGAUACCAUUACGAACCUCACUCUGUCCACGCGAUUCACGGGCCUCCUGCCCUGAGCGGCAGCCCCGUCAUCUCCGACAUCUCCCUCAUCCGCYUGUCCCCGCACGCGGCAGGCCCCGGCGAGUCUCCGUUCAGCCCGCCGCACCCCUACGUGGCCCCGCACAUGGAGCACUACCUGCGCUCCGUGCACAGCAGCCCGACCCUCUCCGUCAUCUCGGCGGCGCGGGGCCUCAGCCCCGCUGACGCGGCCCACGAGCACCUGAAGGAGCGAGGCCUGUUCGGGCUGCCGCCGCCGGGAGCCAACCCCGCCGACUACUACCACCAAAUGACGCUCAUGGCGAGCCACCCGAACCCCUACGGGGAGCUGCUGAUGCCGGCCGGGGGCGCCGCCGGCACCGCGCACCUCCACGAUUACCUCAGCCCCGUCGACGUGUCCCGGUUUUCAAGCCCACGGGUGACUCCGAGAUUGAGCCGCAAGCGAGCCCUCUCCAUCUCCCCGCUCUCCGAUGCCAGCAUCGACCUUCAGACGAUGAUCAGGACCUCCCCAAACUCGCUCGUGGCCUACAUUAAUAACUCCCGGAGCAGCUCGGCAGCAAGCGGCUCCUACGGCCAUUUAUCUGCAGGGACGAUAAGCCCCGCGUUCAGCUUUCCGCACCCCAUUAACCCAGUGACGUACCAGCAAAUCCUGAACCAGCAGAGAGGCCUGAGCUCAGCCUUUGGCCACACUCCGCCUCUGAUCCAGCCGUCUCCCACGUUCGCCCCGCGGCAGCACAUGGCCGUCAUCUCGGUGAACCCACCAGCAGCUCCGAUCAGCAGCAACAGCAACUGYGUCUCGGACUCCAGUCAGAGCAAGCAGAGCAGUGAGUCGGCCGUGAGCAGCACAGUCAAUCCCGUGAUUAACAAGCGCAGCAAAGUCAAGACUGAAGUUGAGGGCUUGCCACCAGUGUCCCCAACCACACAGGAGCAUCUGACAGACCUGAAAGAAGAUCUCGAUAAGGAUGAAUGUAAACAGGAGCCUGAGGUUAUUUAUGAGACGAACUGUCACUGGGAAGGGUGCACAAAGGAAUAUGACACUCAAGAGCAGCUCGUCCAUCACAUCAACAAUGACCACAUCCACGGCGAGAAGAAGGAGUUUGUGUGCCGCUGGCAGGACUGCACGCGGGAGCAGAAGCCGUUCAAGGCGCAGUACAUGCUGGUGGUGCACAUGAGAAGACACACCGGGGAGAAGCCGCACAAGUGCACGUUUGAGGGUUGCUCCAAAGCCUAUUCUCGACUGGAGAACUUAAAGACACACCUGAGGUCCCACACUGGAGAAAAGCCCUACGUCUGUGAACAUGAAGGCUGCAAUAAAGCCUUUUCCAAUGCCUCGGACAGAGCCAAGCACCAGAACAGGACACAUUCCAAUGAGAAACCCUAUGUAUGUAAGAUCCCUGGCUGCACGAAGAGGUACACAGACCCCAGUUCCCUCAGGAAACACGUUAAGACUGUACACGGGCCCGAUGCGCACGUCACGAAGAAGCAGCGCAACGACGUCCACCCGAGGCCACCUCCGCUCAAGGAGAAUGGGGACAACGAGGCAAGCGCCAAGCAAAGCAGCAAGGCUUCAGAGGACAGCCCCGAGGCCAACAGCACCACAAGGAGCAUGGAGGAUUGCCUGCAAGUCAAAAACAUAAAGACGGAAAAUGCUGUGAUGUGUCAGUCCAGUCCUGGCGGCCAGUCGUCGUGCAGCAGUGAACCGUCACCCCUCGGCAGCACCAACAACAAUGACAGUGGAGUAGAAAUGAACAUGCAGAGCGGGGGAAGUCUGGGAGAUCUGACAGCRCUGGAUGACAACGCCCCUGUUGUGGACUCAACGGUCUCAUCUGGUAAUUCGACAUUCAGCCUGCAGCUAAGGAAACACAUGACGACGAUGCAACGACUUGAACAGCUCAAGAAAGAGAAGCUCAAGACAGUUAAGGAUUCCUGCUCAUGGGUGAAUCCAGCUCCACAAGCCAGAAACACCAAGCUGCCUCCCAUCUCAGGAAACGGCUCUAUUCUAGAGAACAGCAGUGGUUCUUCUGCUGCGCUGCCUAAUCCACGAAUAAUGGAGCUGUCUGUCAAUGACGUUACGAUGCUGAACCAGCUCAACGAGCGCCGUGACAGCACAACGAGCACCGUCAGCUCUGCCUACACCGUGAGCCGCAGAUCCUCGGGGAUUUCCCCUUACUUCUCCAGCCGCCGCUCCAGCGAAGCUUCCCAGCUCGGGCACCGUCCCAACAACACAAGUUCUGCCGACUCCUACGACCCCAUCUCGACGGACGCCUCGCGGCGCUCCAGYGAGGCCAGCCAGUGCAGCGGGAUGCCGGGGCUGCUGAACCUCACGCCGGCUCAGCACUACAGGCUGAAAGCCAAGUAUGCCGCUGCCACGGGGGGCCCUCCUCCAACUCCCCUGCCAAACAUGGAGAGGAUGACUCUGAAGAACAGGAUCUCGCUUAUGGAUGGACCAGAGCCCACCUUGCCUUCCCUUCGCCUCCCGCCGGGGCCCCGGCGUUGCAGCGACGGCAACUCCUAUGGCUACACGUCAGCCACAGCGUUUCCCCACGAGGUGCCAGGCAACUGCACGAGACGGGCGAGUGACCCAGUGAGGAGACCUGCUGGAGACCCUCAGGCCCUCCCCAAAGUUCAUCGUUUCAACAGCACCAACAGCAUGAACCCCUUCCAUCCUCCUCACCCCAUGGACAGGAGGAAUUUCAACCUGCAGAACUACGCGCGCUCGGAUGGGAGCGUCCCCCGGCACGUCUACUCCCCCCGGCCGCAGAGCAUCAGUGAAAACAUCCCAAUGGAGGCCAUGUCCAGGGAGGCGGAGGGCAACAUGGGAGACGAUGACAUUAUGCUGCCAGACGAUGUGGUGCAGUACCUCAAUUCCCAGAGCAAUGGGACUGCAGCCGAGAGCACUUCCAUGGGGUACAGCAGCGAGAUGCAGAACUUCCAAGGAAAUGGGAAACUGCAGCCCCCAGCCUUGCCCAGCCAGCGCAGGAUGGCCGUGGCCGAGGCAAACAUGAGUCACUUGGGUCCGAUGAUGGCAGAGUGUCCCAUGAGCUUUGAUGCUGCCUCAGACAUGAGUAAAAACAACAUGCCCGUCCAGUGGAAUGAAGUCAGCUCAGGCACGGUUGAUAUGAUGUCCAGUCAGUCAAAACAGCAGUUUUCGCAAGGAAACUUAGCUGUGGUCCAGCAGAAGCAGAACUUUGGUCAGUACCAGAAUUACAACCAGCAGCAGAUGCAGCUGACGGAGAACAGCAUGAAUGUAACACAGCAGAACUAUAUGCAAAGAAACAUGGGCAUGGAUGGGCAGAGGCUAAACUGCAUGCAGCGKCAGCAGCUGAUGAACCUUGGCCCCGCUAUGAACCCUGAUCUGGGCUCACACGGKGGGUACAACCAGCCUCACCCGAUGCUGAGCCCUGGUGUGAUGAGCAGCAAUCCAAAUCAGAUGUCUCCUUCUUGUAGCAGCAUGGCAGUGAAGUCCAGUCCUCAUGUCCACCCUCAGCAAAUGGACAUGGCAGCUGACCCCUCUUUAAUGGUCAGCAGCAACAGCGAGCGYGCGCUGCUGAAUCAGGCCAUGCACGAGCAGAGCCAGCAGAGCUACUCCUCGCAGGCCGCCCACCUGAGCUUCCCCAUGGCGCAGGAGGUGUUUCACCAGCCCGUGAUGCCCUCAAGCCAGCCCGGCUUCGAGCCUCAGCAGAGCGCGGCGGCGCCGCAGGCCUUCGCGCCGGGCCUGGUGCAGCCUCGGCCGCCGCCGGAGCCGAGCCCGGCGGGCAGGGCCCGCGGCGCGCGCGCCCUGCAGCACCUGGCCUACGUGAGGACUCCGCACGGCGCCGGCACCGGCCAGGAGGCGGCCCAGGCUGCGCCGAGGCGGCCCGGCGACGUGCUGCCGGCCGCAGGCCCGCCGGGCGCCGAUGGCGCGAGGGACGGCAGCCUCAUGUACUACUACGGGCAGAUCCACAUGUACGAGCAGGGCRGCGGCUUCGAGGGCCCCGCGGACUGCAGAGCGAGGCCGCAGUGCGCGCUGAGCGGCAAGCCGGCCACCCUGCCCUCCCCGGGCGCCAACCAGGUGUCCAGCACGGUGGACUCGCAAGGGCUCGAGCCGCCCCAGAUCGAUUUCGAUGCCAUCAUGGACGAUGGGGACCAUUCGAGCCUCAUGUCGGGCACCCUGAGCCCCAGCAUCCUGCAGAACCUCUCCCAGAACUCCUCUCGCCUGACGACUCCACGAAACUCUCUGACGCUGCCCGCCAUCCCCGCGGGCAUCAGCAACAUGGCCAUAGGCGACAUGAGCUCCAUGCUCACCACGCUGGCGGAAGAGAGCAAAUUUCUCAACAUGAUGUCCUAACGGUCGAGCACAAGGGCUCA